CUGGUUCACAACUGACACUGCUGCUGCUGAACUCCUGCUGGUCUCAGCUGAAACGUUUUUGGGCUGAAAAUACAUCUUUUGUGGAAGAGUUGACAGUAUUCAUAGCAUGUUCUUAACCAAGCUACCAGGCUUUGGUAUCAUUCGCUAUGCGAUUUCCACAAGCAUAAUGGUUGGUGCUGCUCCUGAAUAUUAUGCUGUCUGGCUUGGGUGGAGACUUUUCUCCAUUCCACUGCCUGCAUGGCUGUACCAGAAGGUGGAUGAUAUGCUAUAUUCCACCUAUCAGAGACUGGUGCUUCUGUUCUUUGAACAUGGCACUGGCUUAAAGAUCUACUUUUAUGGAGAUGCUGAUGAAAUAUUCAAAAAGAAGGAGAAUGUGCUGUACAUCAGCAAUCAUCAAAGUACAGUCGACUGGGUGGCCUGCAACAUGGUGGCGGUGCGGCAGGGCUCGCUCGGCCACCUGCGCUUCGUCAUGAAGGACGGCCUCCAGUGGCUGCCGCUGUACGGCCACUACUUCUACCAGCACGGCUGCAUCUACGUGCGGCGCGGACAGUUCAGACAGGACAAGAUGAUGCGCGGACUUGAGUAUCUGCAGCAGGAGCGUGUACAGUCGUGGGUGGCUGUGUUCCCCGAGGGCACCCGCUACGACCCAUCCAAGCCGGAGGUGAUCCGUCGCUCCGAGCAGACUGCGCUCAGCAGCGGGUUCCAGCCGCUCAAACACCACCUCACGCCCAAAACCAAAGGCUCGUGGCUGACGCUAGACCGUCUGCGCGGCUCGCUGGAGGCCGUCUAUGACGUGACCGUGGUGUACGAGGGCAGCUAUCGACACCGGGAGAGACGGCGGGCCAGGACCGUGGCGCUCAUCGACUUCCUGCGUGGCUUUUGCCCGGCGAUGCAUAUCCACGUGCGGCGUAUCCCAAUCUCAGAGGUGCCCACCGACGAGCAGGAGUUUCAGCGAUGGAUGUACCGGCUCUACGAGCAGAAAGACAGGUUCGUGUCGCCGUUCUACUCCCCGUCAGACGACUCGGGCGCCGAGCUGGCGGCCCGGCUCGGCGGUCGGCCGCACCCCCUGCCUCUGACCGCCACCGUGCCCUCGCUGAUGGCGUUCGCGGCGCUGGCCGUGCCGCUGCUGGGCUCUGAGUUGGGCCGCCGCCUGUACGCCGGUACUCUGCUGUACGGCACGCUGGCCGGGUACCUGUGGCUGGGCAUCCGGGCGGUCUGCUGAGCGCCCAACUCCGACCGGCCGGCUCGGCCACCAGUAGUAGCUCAUCUAGACGUCUAUGUAUCAGUUGGUGUACGUAGUGUGACUUUACGUGCUGUGAUUACGUUCGGUGGUGACGUGAAAUCGCACCUAAUGCAAUCCUUUUCCAAGACGGGUCGGUGUGCAGUCGGCGGCGACUAGUGCCACCCAGUGUUACGAGAGGUGUCCUAAGAGGGACGGGCUGCUCAGAAACAUCAGGGAGGUGAAGUCCUGGUAGUGCACAAACAGCCAGGUAGCUGGUCAUUCAACCAGACCUGCCUUGAGUUGGUUUUUAGCUGUUUUACGCUGUACUUCUUACGGCCUUGCCCGUCUUAUGUCGCUGCCACUGAGUUUGAAUGUGAGCUUACAUCUUGACAAUGGAUUGUUCCCGCGUUCUGUGAUGUUACGAGUCGGAUAAGUCUCGCCGGCCUUACCAUAUGCACUUGCCACUUGGACGAUGCUCGAUGCACUCUCCCAGUCCUGACGUACCUGUUUGAUUCGUUACGCCAACGAACAAUCGGAACGGUAGGAGUGGCGCCUGCUUACUGCCUUUAACAAUCGAGUUUACUAUGUUGUGCAUGCUGUGUGUUCUGCUAUGCAUAUGCUGACGAUCUCAACCCCGGCCAGAAAUAAGCGGUAUUACUGCACGCUGUUGCAGUUUGUGUCUGCCAUUUGUGUUUGGUGAUUGUUGUCUGUGCAAUAAGCUGUGAAGUGUGCCGUGUCCAAUAAACCAGCGAAUGUGCA